UCGGCGCUUUAAUGAUGGAGAGCGCGGUUUAAAACUCUUUCCCCGGCGGAGCCAGUCGAGCGGCCAGAUAAUGGAGAGCGCGGGAGAGAAAACGAUCAGCUGGAACUCGACGUUCAUGAUUCUCGCAACGUCAGCUGUCGCCCUCGCGCUGGCGUGUUUGUGUAAAGCGGCGCUGAAGCGGCGGGGCGGCGCGGCCGGAGUGAAAUAUCCUCCACACAUCCCAUCCAGUUUGCCGUUCCUGGGUCAUGCCAUCGCUUUCGGAAAAAGCCCCAUCGAUUUCUUGGAAAAUGCCUAUGAGAAGUACGGACCUGUGUUCAGCUUCACGAUGGUGGGGAAGACAUUCACCUAUCUCCUGGGAAGUGAAGCAGCUGCUCUGAUGUUCAACAGUAAAAAUGAAGACCUGAAUGCCGAGGAUGUUUAUUCACGAUUAACCACACCUGUGUUUGGUAAAGGAGUCGCCUAUGACGUCCCAAACCACGUGUUUCUGGAGCAGAAGAAGCUGUUGAAGACAGGGCUGAAUGUGGCUCGCUUUAAGCAGCAUGUACAGAUCAUUGAAGAAGAAACGAGGCAGUAUUUCAUCCGCUGGGGGGACAGCGGGGAGAAAAAUCUGUUUGAGAGUCUGAGUGAGCUGAUCAUCCUCACAGCGAGUCGCUGUCUGCACGGCGUGGAGAUCCGCAGCAUUCUCACUGAGAGUGUUGCUCAGCUCUACACUGACCUCGAUGGCGGAUUUACCCACGCUGCCUGGUUAUUACCUCAGUGGCUUCCUUUGCCCAGCUUCAGGCAGAGGGACUGUGCUCACAGAGCAAUCAAACAAAUCUUUUACAAAGUGAUCAAUAAACGCAGGAAGAGUGCAGAGAAAGAGGAUGACAUUCUACAGACACUCGUAGACGCCACAUACAAAGAUGGGCGUGUGCUGAACGAUGAUGAGAUUUCAGGGAUGUUGAUUGGUCUGUUGUUGGCGGGUCAGCACACUUCCUCCACCACCAGUGCAUGGCUAGGGUUCUUCCUGGCGCGAGACUCUGGGCUGCAGAAACGCUGCUACAGCGAACAGAAACAAGUGUGUGGAGAAAACCUGCCACCCAUCACCUAUGAACAGUUGAAGGAGCUGACCCUGCUGGACCGCUGUCUGAAGGAAACGCUGAGGCUGCGCCCCCCGAUCAUGACCAUGAUGAGAAUGGCUCGAACUCCUCAGAAAGUUGGAGGUUACACCAUCCCUGUAGGACACCAGGUGUGUGUGUCACCCACAGUAAACCAUCGGCUCCAGGACACCUGGACUCAUCGAUUGGCCUUUGACCCUGACCGUUACCUAGGUGAUAACCCUGCUGCUGCAGAGAAAUUCGCCUACGUGCCAUUUGGAGCAGGUCGUCAUCGGUGCAUCGGGGAGAACUUCGCCUACGUGCAGAUUAAGACAAUUUGGUCGACACUGUUGCGUUUGUUUGAGUUCGAGCUGGUAGAUGGAUAUUUCCCCACUGUGAACUACACCACCAUGAUACACACACCCAACAACCCCAUCAUCAGAUACAGACGGAGAACAUAACACACACCAUUACACCUGCACACUGACAGACCAAGCCUUGAAACUUUGUUGAAAUUGUAAAUAAACAGUUUUAUCAACAUGCAUAAAUCAAUUUUGAAUCUUUGCUGAACUGCG